GGCCUUAAGUAGCCAGGCUCAUUUGCCCCACAAUUUACCCGAAACUACUGAACCACAGAUCGGUCCAAUGUUACCCGGGCGUGCUGGGCCUUGCGAAGAAUGUCUUCUUCGUGGACCACAAAAACCCUGAACAAGUGGUCCAGGAUUCUCAGAGCUAUCAAAACAGCCACGAGGCUGAAUUUAUGGCAUGCAUGGUGAACCAUCUCUUGCUCCAGGGAUACGACCCCACACGUAUCACGGUGUUGAGUGCGUACAAGGGCCAGCAGUACUACUUUUCCAAGUUGAAAGAUCAGAAUCAGCACCUUAAGGACGUACGGAUGACAGUAGUUGACAACUUCCAAGGCGAGGAGUCCGACAUCAUCCUGCUGUCUUUGGUGCGCAGCAACCCGGAUGACAACGUUGGUUUCCUCAAGACAGAGAACCGAGUGUGCGUGGCUCUCUCCAGAGCACGGCAUGGCCUGUUCAUGAUCGGCAACAUGGCCAACCUGACUGCGGCCGAGGGCACGGUGUGGCGCAAGGUGGAGGAGGAGCUGCGGCGACAGGGCGCCAUCGGGCCGGCCUUGCCGCUGCGCUGCGACCACCACGGCGUCAUCAACAACGUGAGCAAGGCCCAGGACUUCUCCAACAGCCCGCAGGGAGGCUGCCUGCAGCUCUGCAAGACCCUCAUGCCGUGCGGCCACGACUGCAAGCAGGUCUGCCACAUCCUGGACAUGGAGCACAGGAACGCCAAGUGCUUGGAGAAGUGCGAACGGCCGGCCUGUCCCCAGCAGCAUCCUUGCCCAGAGCGGUGCUCGACUCCGUGCCCGCCCUGCCUGGUGCCGAAGCAGGAGCAGCUUGCCUGCGGCCACUCCGCCACCAUGGCCUGCCACGAGAUUCCCGCCCAGUACAAGUGCAAGGUUGAAAUUGAAUCCUGCACUCUACCCGCCUGCGGACACGAGAGGAGCGCCCUUUGCUUCCAACUGGCUGAACUGGACAAGCUGCCCUGCACGACGCCCUGCGUUUUGCGCAUGCCGUGCGGCCACGCCUGCAAGUCCAACUGCCACGUGCUCAAGGACCCCAACCAUGAAAAGGUGAAAUGCAUGGAGCCCUGUGGACAGAAGAGACACGGCUGCACCGCCGACCCAGAACACCAGUGCCGACUGGUUUGCCAUCAGACCUGCGAGGUCUGCACAGAGCGUGUGCUGAAGACCCUGGCUUGCGGUCACGUCAACAAAGUGCCGUGCAACUCGGAAGUGGAGACGUUCCGGUGCCAGCGGAAAUGCCCGAAGACCCUGCCGUGCGGCCACAAGUGCAGCAAGACGUGCAGUGAAGCCUGUGAGCCCUGCACCGUGCAGGUGUCCAAGGCCCUGCCCGGGUGUGGCCACACGCAGAGGAUGGCCUGCGGCCAGUCUCCGGACCUGUUCAAGGACUGCAAGGAGCCGUGCCAGCGGAACUUGCCGUGCGGACACCCCUGCGAACUGCAGUGCGCGAAGGACUGCUCCAGCGGUCGCUGCCGACAAGAGGUGCCCUUCCCCGGCACGCCAGCCUGCGGGCACACCAUCAUCGUCCCUUGCCACCGGAAGAAUGACUUGGCCCCCAACAGCAGCGACCUGCUGGCGCUGUGCAGGCAGCCCUGCCGUGCCUUGCUCAAGCCCUGCGACCACCAGUGCGGCGGUUCGUGCGGGGAGUGCCUGCAGGGACGCCUGCACCAGCCCUGCAAGUCUAAGUGCGAGAGGCAGCUGCUCUGCGGACACGUGUGCAAGGAGGCUUGUCCAAUGAGCUGCCCCCCGUGCACCCAGCCCUGCGAGCUCAAGUGUGAGCACUCAGCCUGCAAUCACCGAUGUGGUGAACCGUGUGCCCGCUGCCAGGAGCCCUGCAGUCGGCGCUGCGCGCACGGCCAGUGUCCCAGGCGGUGCGGCGACCCGUGCACCUUCGAGUGCAAGGAAGCUUGCCUAGGGAAGGUGGAGGACUGCGGCCACGACUGCAUCGGGCUGUGCGGCGACCCCUGCGUCUGCAAGGAGUGCAACUUGGAGGAGGUCACCACCAUCUUCUUCGGCCCGGAGGACGAGGAGGACGCAAGGUUUGUCAUGCUGCCCGACUGCAAACACAUCGUGGAGUCGAGGAGCCUUGAUGAUUGGAUGGCCAUUGUCCACAAUGACAAGCCGACCGAGAUAAAACAAAAGGUCUGCCCUAAAUGCAGCACGCUCAUAACAAGUUGCCAGCGGUACGGCAACGCCAUGAAGAAGCUCGCCAAAGACAUAACUGCCGUCAAGGCACAAUCCUACGACACCAAGAAGAUAAGGACACACCUGGAAACGGUCAAGGAGAUCUUACAGGGCAUCCCUAGAUUUCCACCAGGAUAUGAGGCGGUGGAUCGGUUCGUGUCGCAGGUCUAUCGGUACCGCGAGAGUCUGGACAAGAGGAUGCCCAAGGAGAGGGAGACGGGGGCCAGGAGGGUGCCGCCGCUCAACACCGGCGAGGCCAAGAACUUCGAGCAGAAGGUCCUCAUCCUCCGCAGUGUCGGGCAGAUCGUCGACAAGGUGUCCAAGUCCACCGCCAUGAGCGUCAAGGGCAAGAAGGAGAUGCAGACAGCCGUGGAGCAGCUGAGCAGCGCCAUCUCCCAGCGCGACCUGCUGCGCCUCAGCGAACAGGAGGCGUCUGACAUCAAUUCGGAGCUGGAACGUUUGCAGCGCUUGAUGCAGCUGCUGGAGAUUGAGAGCCUCUGCCUCGCGUCAGCAACAACCGACAAAUCGAAGUUCGAAGAGAUUUCCCAACUUUUGAGGGGACUAUUGCCGCUCUCAGAGGAGCAGGGCCGCGACAUCGACGAGAAGCUGAAGGCGCUGGCGGCGUCCUCGUCCUGCCCCAACGUGACGCGCCUCGAGCUGCACACCAUCGUGGCGGCCCUCAAGAUGGGCGCGGGCCACUGGUUCCGCUGCCCCAACGGCCACCCCUACUGCAUCACGGAGUGCGGCGGCGCCAUGGAGGAGGCCGACUGCCCCGUGGAGGGCUGCGGCGCUCGCAUCGGCGGGGGCAACCACCAGCUGCGGAGGGACAACACCCUGGCAGGGGACAUCGACAACGCCACCAGGCCUGCUUACCCCACCGCCAUGCAGCACUAGGAAGUGUGAACGAGUUUCUCUUACAUUGCCUUCUAUCAGAGAGACUUUUGAUUUACUUUGACUUCAUUUUGAUUUUAUUUGACUUUUCAAUGUAUUUGGGAUGUAAGUGUAUUGCUUUGUAAUUU